AUGAUGUCGGAGGCGCUACAACUUCUUAGUAGCGGAAAAGCCAACGAUACGUGGAGCAAAAAUGCGGAAUUCCUAGAACUACGUCGUAAACCUUUACUUACUUUCGAACAAGAGGGAGAGUUGGGAGCUCGCAUUUUAAAGCUCUCUCGUUCAGAACUACCACUCACUCCAAAAUCCGUGCGAAGAAGUUUUGGCAACAAGCAAUGA